UUCUGAUCUUUUCAACCAGAAGAGUCUAUUAUAUUUUCCGAGCGAAGUGUGAAGACGAAGACGAAUUCAAGUUAGAUCUACCGUAAUUUUCUUUCGCUGUUGGCUGUUGGCAUAAUAUUAUAAACUGUUAUGAUUAAAUAUUCGUUUAAUUCUCUUCACUGUCUAUGUUAUAGGUGCGAGAAGGCUUUUUUUUAAGCCUUUGUCUGAAUCUCAUCUCAUGUCCUCUUUCAAAGUAUGACCUCAACCUGGGAAACAUUUGUGUCAGAUAACCUUCUAGACAGCAACUUGUUCAGUGGAGUUUGCUUGCUGUCCAAUCAAAGGGACGUGAUAUUUUCUCAUGGAAGUUUGACAAAGCUUUCUCAGGCGGAGAUUGACCAGUUCUUUCAGAGUUUUUCUUGUGGAGAGACAGAUCCCUGCUACAGGUCUUUUCACCUCUCAGCUGGAAAAGCUCAAGGAUCAGAAAGUUAUAAAAUUUACUACAGAACUCAUAUAAGCCUAUACGCCACAAGUGCUGGGAACCGUAGCGGUCUGACAGUCAGCAAACUUGAGCAGGGUAUAUUCCUCACUCUGUUCCACAAACCCGUCCUACCUCAGCGGGCUAUCAGCGUUGUAGAGAGAUUCACUGGAAUGCUCCGAUUUUGAUCAUGUUUAAAUGAGUGUGUAGACCUAUUCUGUCCCAAUUUCACAUCACUAGCAGAGUUCCAAGUUAUUGUUGCUGACAGAGAUUUAUUUAUAAACUCCUGGUUUCAAGUUAAGUUAUCAUCACAGACUGUGGUUUAUACUCUUGAGUUCAGAUUAUCGUUGCAGAAAGAGAUUAAUUUUAUACUUGCGAGUUCAAAUUACCGCUGCUGAACAACAGAGAGGAAAAGACAAUGGCUGAUCUAGCAGAGAUAGCAGCAGAGGUCGGCAUUGCUGUAGUUGAUGAUGUGCCCGGCGACGGUGGCGACGCCGAUACAAUCUCAGCUCAAGAUCCUGGUGGUUGUGGGGGCGGGGUUUCCUCCAGUACAGAUGAUGUUUCUGCCACAGUGGCUUGGAAUUCGAACCUCAUGCCUGAGGUCCAGGAACUUGAAAAUUUGUUCAGCAACAGGUACAAUCCCGAUUCCGAUCCCGGUUAUGUGCAGAAUGUAUCAAGCUCUGAGACCGCGUCUAAACCACCUGCGAUUAAAGAUUUUUUCUGUCGCAGGCCUCGCGAUGAUUCUCGUAAUUGGAACAGAAAUCGAGGUGGGCGUGGUCAUUAUAACCAUCACCAGGGAGGCGGGGACAGGAGAGGUAGAGGGGAGUACUAUCAAAACAACCAAAGCCAUUAUGGGGGUAGGGGUGGAGGUGGUGGGAACUACCCGAGGGACUAUGGUGAUUAUCAUCAGAGAAAUGAUGGCUACAGGCAACGGAACUAUCAAAGGGAUAGGUCACCUCACAGGUAGGCAGGAAGACGGCGAGAUACACAGAAUGAUAGUGUGAUGGGCAGGUAGGUGGGUUGAAUGAUGGUGUGAUGGGCAGAUAGAUGGGAAGAAAAGAAUGAUAGAUAGGAAGAAUGAUGGUGUGAUGGGCAGAUAGAUAGGAAGAAUGAUGGUGUGAUGGGCGGGUAGGUGGGAAGAAUGAUGGGCAGAUAGAUGUUGAAGUGGGCGAAAUUAUUUGAAGUAGGCCUAUAAUCUUUUUUCUUUACUUUUGCUGUUUGUUAUGGUGCUUUUUCAUGACAAUUUCUGCGUGUUGAAGAGGAAUGAAGUCAUUUCAUGAAUCCUGAUGUAGUGUGAAGACAUGUGCUGUUGAAUGUUGUUUCCUCAAUAAAAUGUGUUUACAUUAAAAUGUACACUUUUUUUU